UCAUAUUGUGUUAGCAAAUGGAAAUGGAUUAUUAAAACCCAGCUAAAAGAUGCCCACUACACCCAAGUCUGCCAUAAUCAUCUCAGAGAGCAACAAACCAGGCCAGAAAAUGAAUUCCAACAAGAAAAAGAAGACAAUUCAAGAAAAAGUUCCUGUUUAUGAGGCGGACAUCCCAGAGCCAACAUGCAGAGUCGAGCUAUUGAAGUACUGGAAGAAUUUUUCUUUGGAUGAUAAGACUGCCAACAAGCUUUUGUGGAUUUCCGACAAUGGGUCUAAAGUGUUACGUAGGACUGAGGAGGUUUGUCCUGUCCUGGAUAGAUCAGAGAGAUACGAGUACUCUCCACAGGUUUUGUGCAAAGAGUCUAUUUGGAACAUGAGGGCUUAUUGGGAGGUGGACUACGACGGGUGGGUGGCGAUCGGAGCCACCUAUGAAGGAGCAGCAAGGAGAGCAAACUCCGGGCAGAGCGGCCUGGGGGAGAAUGAAGAGUCCUGGGGUCUGUGUUGGUCAGGCACACGAUACCAGAUCUGGUUCAACAGUGUAAAUGAAGACAUAUUAGAUAUCCCGAACAGCUCCACCAUUGGAGUUUACGUGGACCAGCCUGCAGGGAUUAUCAGCUUUUAUGUUGUGACCGGUGAGGGGCCAGAAAAGGAGGUCAAGCUAUUGCAAAAAAUUACCACCACUCUUAAGGAAAAUAUUAUUCCAGGUUUCUGGAUGGGAAUGCAGUCCUCAUGCACAAUAGUGAAGAGACCAGAAUGAAUUGCUAAAGCUGAAACUGAGCAAAUUCAUUGAUGACGUCAACGGUUUUGAUACUUAAAUGUCAACUGUUGCACAUAUUCCUGUACAUCUUAUUUUAAUACCUUAAAGGUGGGGUAUGUCAUUUUGGAGAAACCAGCUCGAGUGCGCUAGAAUUUGAAAGUACACAACCGGAAAAA